CCUCUCUAUAUAUUCGUACGGACACUCUCCGAUCACUCUUAAGAGAAAAAAUAAUAAUAAUAAUAAGAACGCUCCCUUCUCCUAAAUGUUUCUACGAUCUUCUGCCAUUAAAAUUUUUAUCCCCAAAUCCUGAUCCAUUUUCCCAAUUUUUUAAAACCCUAAUCGACAUUAAUCCAGAUCUAAACCCUUGAUCAUCACAGAUUAAUCACUUUGAUCUUCUCUAAUCUCAGAUUUGGAUUUUUUUGAUUGAAAAAAGGUGGAAAAGAGAGAGGAAAAGGGAGGGAAUGACAACUCCUAUGCCACCAGGGGCACCAAGGCAAGCCCCGUCCCAGACUCACAAUCCAAAUUUCCCGCAAACAAACGAUUCUUUAUCAGAUAAUUUGCAGAAGUUGAAUAUCUAUAAGCCAUCUUCACUCCCCAAUUCAGCCCCUACUUUUCCCCCAUCUAUAAGAUCACCACCAACCUCCUCUAACUCAUCUCCUUCACCGCCAAUUUGCCGCCCUGGUGCACCACCUCCAGGGCUGGUUCCUGGACCCAGUGUGCCUCCAAAUGUGGAUUCGGUUAGGCCGCCAGGUGGACAGCCAUUGUCUUUUGGGACUAGACCACCUCCAGGGUCUUUACCUUCUUCAAUGGGUGGUGGUCUGGUCAUCAGUCCACAGGGUGCAAGUGCAACCGGACUAGGUGCUCGACCAAGAGCUUUUGGUGGUUCUGUUAGAAAUGGUCCACCUGUUGGGGUGCCCCCACCAAUGAUGGUGACAGUUAGGUCUCCUGGUCAGGCUCCUAUGCAAUUGGUUUCGCCAUUUUCGGCACCAUUGGCUGCUCCUUUUGGGACACAGACAUGGGCACCUAGUCAGAUGGCUCCACCUACAGCAGCAUCUGGCGCUGUUCAACCACCUAGAAUGUUUGGAAUGGCACCACCACAAUCAAACCAAUUAUUACCUGCCAUUGAUCAAACUGGUGCUAGUCUGGAAGACUCAUGGAAGACUAAUUCAAAUCAAGUUCCAAGGCCCACUCCAAGUUCCUCUAUAACUCUGUAUGACACUUGUCAAGGCAAUGGGGUCAAUCUUCCUCCGCCUGCAACUAGUGAUUACAUUGUCAAAGACACUGGAAACUGCAGUCCACGCUAUAUGAGAUGCACAAUCCUUCAGAUUCCUUGUACUGCUGACCUUUUAACAAAUUGUGGCAUGCAAUUAGCCUUGUUGGUUCAGCCUUUGGCCCUUCCUCAUCCAUCUGAGGAGCCCAUUCCGGUUGUGGAUUUUGGAGAGAAUGGUCCAAUUCGAUGCUCUCGUUGCAAAGGCUACAUCAACCCUUUCAUGAAGUUCACUGAUCAUGGCAGGCGGUUCAUUUGCAACUUUUGUGGGUUUAUUGAUUACACUCCCCAUGAGUAUCAAUGCAAUCUAGGUCCAGAUGGUAGGCGUAGAGAUGCCAAUGAGAGGCCUGAGCUGUGUAGGGGAACUGUUGAAUAUGUUGCUACAAAGGAAUAUAUGAUGCGAGAUCCAAUGCCUGCCGUGUAUUUCUUUCUCAUUGAUGUUUCCAUGAAUGCAAUACAGACUGGUGCAACUGCUGCAGCAUGUGCUGCAAUCAGCCAAGUCAUUUCUGCUUUUCCUGAAGGUCCUCGGACAAUGGUGGGAAUUGCAACAUUUGACUCAACUAUCCAUUUUUAUAAUUUGAAACGUGCACUGCAGCAGCCAUUGAUGCUGAUUGUUCCAGAUGUGCAGGAUGUUUAUAUUCCUCUUGAAACUGAUGUUGUUGUUCAUCUUUCGGAGGCUGCUUUCUUGGCAAUUAAGAGUUCUGGAGGGAAACUUUUGGUAUUUCAGUCAGUCCUACCAUCAGUUGGCAUAGUAGCACUUUCAACUCGAGAUGCUGAAGGAAGAGCUAACAUCUCUGCAGGAGAAAAGGAGGCUCAUAAACUGCUCCAACCAGCAGACAAAACUUUAAAGACAAUGGCAAUUGAAUUUGCUGAGUGCCAGGUCUGCGUGGAUGUAUUUAUCACUACCCAGACUUACGUAGAUAUUGCUUCCAUCUCUGUCAUCCCAGGAACUACAGGAGGGCAGGUUUAUUACUAUUACCCUUUCUCAUCCAUUUCUGAUCCGGCAAAACUUUACAAUGAUCUUAGAUGGAAUAUUACAAGGCCCCAAGGCUUUGAAGCAGUGAUGCGUGUGAGAUGCAGCCAGGGCAUAGACGUGAAAGAAUACCACGGGAACUUUUGCAAGCGCAUUCCAACAGAUGUUGACCUACCAGGGAUAGACUCCGACAAAACUAUUAUGGUAACAUUAAAACAUGAUGAUAAACUGCAGAACGGAUCAGAGUGUGCUUUUCAGUGUGCUCUUCUUUAUACCACUGUGUACGGCCAAAGAAGAAUCCGGGUUUCAACUUUGUCUUUGCCAUGCACAAGAAACUUAGCUAACUUGUUCCGAGCAACCGACUUAGAGACACAAUUUGUAUGUUCUUUGAAGCAAGUGGCAAAUGAAAUACCUUCUACUCCACUCUUGCAAGUACGGGAACAAGUGACAAGUAUCUGCAUCAAUAGAUUGCUUGCAUACCGUAAACUUUGCACCACAGCAACAACAUCCGGGCAGUUUAUUCUUCCUGAAGCGCUAAAGCUUUUGCCUCUAUACACCCUUGCACUAACUAAAAGCACUGGAUUGCAAAUUGAUGGGAGAAUAGAUGAUCGGUCUUUUUGGAUCAAUUAUGUUUCCCACAUAUCUACUGCUUCAGCAGUUUGCCUAGUGCUCCCACGCAUGAUUGCUGUUCAUAACUUGGAUCUCUAUAAACCGGAGGAGAAUGAAUCUGUUAUUCCUCCAAUACUUCCUCUUUCAAGUGAAUAUGUGAGUGAGGAGGGCAUAUAUCUUCUUGAAAAUGGUGUUGAUGGCUUAAUAUACAUUGGGAGCUUGGUGGAUCCAGAUAUAUUGCGACAACUAUUUGGCAUUUCUUCAGUUGACAAAACACCUACCCAGUUUGUACUGCAGCAAUAUGAUAAUCCAUUAUCGAAGAAGCUAAAUCAUGUGGUGAAUGAGAUACGGCGCCAAUGGUGCUCCUACCUACGAUGGACUUUGUGCAAAAAAGGAGAUCCAUCAGGAAUGUUGUUCUUCUCUUAUUUGGUUGAAGACUCGAAUCCGAAGGGCAGUCAAUCCUAUUCCGAGUUUUUGGCAUAUAUCCAUCGGAGCAUUCAAUCAAGAAUGACUUGAUCAUUCAUUGGGUGUUAGCAAUUCAAAAUGACGAGGGAAAAACAA